CUACGAACAACCAACAAGCGAUCCUCAAGUUUCGUCUUAUGACGAGGACAGGCGGCAAGAUGACGGUCGAUCUUCUAGGUCCAAUCAGUCGACAUUUGGCACAAAUUGCAGAAAAUGCAUUUGAAGAAGAACAGCCUGAAUAUGCGAUUGAAUCACUCAAGAUUGCCUUUCAAUUGGGCAUGUAUCCGACCAGAGAUCUUUUCCUUGCUACACUAGCAGUAAUUGUCUCUUCACCUGAUCUUAAAGAGAGAACAUCGAUCGCCAAACAAAAGAAGAAGGAAGCAGAAAAGGCAAAGAGGUACAACAAAUUUCUAUUUCAGGAUAUAGAGAAGCAAACGAUCAUUUCUGCUAUCGAAUUGGUAAAUGAUCUCGUACAAAGUUGUCCAAACGCUAUUGGGCGAUAUUUGCCACCUUUUCAUCGUGGAUAUGACGAUAAAGGUAGAGUUAUCGAUCGAGAAGGAAGUGAUGCCGAAGCAAUUGAAUGGCCAAAAGAACAAAGGAAUUGGUUACGCAGGAGCGCAAACAGUGAAGGUCCAUCAAGUCCCGAAGAUUCAAGAGCGAAUUCGCGUAAUCGAUCACCAGCAGUAAUUAGAAAUUCAAUCAUUGCACUGGCAUUACAAAUGUUGGAGUGCAAUGAUGUUUUCACUUUGUUGGCUUUGAACCCGGCAGAGGUAGAAGAUGCUACAAAGGGUAUCCAACGAACUGGUCGGAACAGAAGAGGAGAAAUGUCUCGCGACGGAGAUGAUGAAGAGGCUACGUAUGCUCGAGAGAUCUUUCUGCGAGAAAAGUACGAUCGUCCAGGUACAUGGAUCUUGCUGAGCAUUUUGUGUUCUUUUUGGGAUCAUGAUUUAGAUUUAUGCAACACGGCAGGGAGACGGGACGGAAUAUUCAUUCGAGCGCCUCACCUGGCCAAGCAAGUGACUGGCAGGGACUGGAGAGAGCCUACAUUUUCUCGUUCUACACGAGGCAAUGCUGGUUUUAAUAAUGACGUUCUUGGAGAUGCAAUGAAUUUGAUUAAAGUCGGAUUGCUUCCAAGCGCCGAAAGUGUAUCCUUCAAGAAAGGGAAAAGCGCUCGUGACAGCAAAAGUCUAGCAGCAUGCAACCUUCUUCGCUUGUUCGAAAGCAUGGCAAGACUUGGUAUGGUUGACAGGCAAGCUUUAAUUCGUGGAAUGUCUGAAAUUAUGGAAAGGAUUGAUGCGUUUGCAUUCGAGAAGUUGGGUGAUGCCAACCUUCUAGUCAAUAAGUCAACUUUCUUUGCCCGAUCAGCGAUCCAACAUCUAUCAUAUUGGCAAGAGGAUAACGCAUCUUCGCCUUGGGAUGCUGAAGCGGAAGAUCUUUUAAGUGAUUGCAUAGGGGACAAAUCAGCGUGGGAGCCUCAACAAGAUAGCUUCUUGAAAAUGCUGGGAAAGGGACUUUGGCUAUCGCACAGGAUCGAUUGGGCAGCCGAAGAAGAGAUUCAAUUUUGGCGUCUAAUUAAAGGAACACCAGAUUACCAGCCUGAUACUAUCAAUGGCUUCUUGUUGCAGAAUACAUGGCAAUUGCAUCGCUGCAAAACGCAAAUACAUCCCAAGAAACGUAAUUCAAGCAAGACAGAUCCAGCGAAGGAGACUGAGAAUCGUAUGCAAUCCUUUGCGAUCGCUUCGGAGAUAAGACGUAAGACCGUAGACCGAAUGAUCACGUAUAUACAAUUGCAACGAGCAAUCAUUGAAUGCUUUCAGCAAUACUUUGUCAAGCUUUAUCCCGACCGCGCAUAUCUGAGUCAAAUUUUGGCCAAGGCUGUCGCUUUACUGGCUCAGAACAUCGAGAGUGACUCAAAGGUGGUAGAAAAGUGUCUCAAAGGCAUGCAAAAGACUUACAAACAGAUCUUGGAAGGUGAAGUUCUGCAGGGCGACAAUUCUGAUCACGUAGAAAACAAGAAAAGACGUCGUCCGGACAAUGAUACCGAGGGAGAAGCUCGAGCUUCAACAGUCUCUUCCGAAAAAUCUUUUCAAUUCGUUGCCGGAUGGACGCAAGUUGAAAAGAAGAUCAAGAGAUACCUUUUCAUUUUAGAAGCGGUUGCCUUUUCGAUAGAAUCGCCUUUAAGAAAACGAGAAAGAGAUUCUUUGUCCUCCGAUCUAACGGAUCUAACAGAAGACUGAACAAAUUUGUACAUUACACACCAACACUUUGUACUAUAGACAUGACAUAAUGAAUAAAUGAGAUAGAUGUAUUACAAUGUUCUUUCUCAGAGCCG